UGACAAGUCAACUUGGAUAUUUUGUAGAAGGCAAGUAGCUUUCUUGCUUAGUGUUUUUCUGGGUUCAGAUGUAACCUUUUGAGGGAGUGAUUCCGUCAUAUAUGAGUUUAAUGGAGUCUUGGAGCUUUGUUUCUGGGGGUACGGGGUUUGCAUCUGAGGAAUCUGUAUCUGCUGAUGGUAUUCCAAGAGAUAAAAAUGAGUUGAUAGGUUGGGAAUUGAAAAACCCAAGUUGCUUUGGAAGUAAUAUGGUAAUCUCAAGUCAAGAGCCUAUUAAGAAUCAGGGAUUUGUUGAAUUGGGUUUUCCAGAGAUGAUGAAAAAAUCUUUGCCCAAUGGCUCAAUCUUUGGGGGAAGAAUGCUGACUUCAGUUACAGCUAUGACAAAUGCAUUUUCUGGGGAAGAAGAUUCAAGUUCUAAGCUAUCAAGCUCAGUUGUGGAGUCUAAUGGUGAGGACUCAUCAUUCAUCGAUUUGAAGCUAGGGAGGUUGGCUGAUCAUAGUGAGGCCCAAAAUUUCAACUCCUGUAAGGCAACCCCCAAUUUGUCUUCAGCUGAGUCAUCUAUACCAGCAAAGAGAGUGCGGUCAGGGGGUUUGAGUUCUUCAACCCACUUUUGCCAAGUUUAUGGGUGUAGGAAAGAUCUUAGCUCCUCUAAAGAUUAUCAUAAGAGGCAUAAAGUUUGUGAAGUUCACUCAAAGACUGCCAAAGUCAUUGUGAAUGGCAUUGAACAAAGGUUUUGUCAGCAAUGUAGCAGAUUUCACUUGCUGGUUGAAUUUGAUGAUGGUAAGCGCAGCUGCCGUAAACGUCUUGCAGGCCACAAUGAACGUCGAAGGAAACCCCACGGGGGUAUUCACUAUGGCAGAACUGCGAAGCUGUUUCAGCCCUAUAGUGAUUCUGCUGGGAUCAGAUUCCAGGGGACAGCAUUUACAACAUCAUCAUUCAAUAGCCGAGGUUUACUUCCCAGCAGCCUCCUGCAUCCACAGAAAUAUGAGAUGAAUGAUUGGCGCAGGCAUAUAAAAGUUGAAAAUGUGGCUGAUUAUAGUCCAUCAGCGAUUCCUGUCACAAAUGAACACAUGCAAUCAAUGUCGCUUUUCCAUUCUUCUGCUUUUGACAAACAAUGUCUCCCCUUUCAUGACAAUGGAAUUACUACUACAACAGGAAGCAAAUUUAGUGAGAACAGUGAUGGGGGCUCAAACCUUAUCUCUCGUUCUUUGGUUCAGAACGGCUCAAUAGGAAGUGAGGGGUUUUCUUUUUUCAACUCAGCAGCAACUGUUCACGGGCAAUCAGAGAUUUCAGACUCUGGUCGUGCUCUCUCUCUUCUGUCAUUUCAAACUCACAAUUCUUCGAGUCAUUCAUCAGGAAUUCCCAUGGUUCAUUCCCUGAUCAUCCCAGGUGGCCAUGCUCAUUAUAGACAAACAGCAGUCUCUGAGAAGUUCCUGGGAGUGAGCGUGCAGACGUCAGGAAUGGGAGAGACAAGUAAAAUUCAUUCAUCUGGGAUAAGUUCUGUUGAGGAGUCUCAGUUAGAUCCCAUACUCAUCUCUGAUGGUACUAAUGCUGUCAACUUUGGAAUGGAUGAGAUUUUCCAAAGGUCGGAAUACAUAAAUGGCAAGGAUCAUCUUUCUUGCAAUGAUGAGCCCACUAUUGAUUUGCUCCAACUGUCAUCGCAGCUUCAGCGAGUAGAGCAUCAAAAGCAGUUGAUGCAGAUGAAGCACAAAAAUGAUGCUUUCUCGAGCCUCAGGAUCACUUAGGUCAUCCGGAACAAGGU